UGUGCGAGCUGAGCAAGGGAUUUUUCUGGCUUGACCGUGGUGAAAACAGCCCUGUGUGAUCUCUCUGGCUCAGCUGCUAUCUGCAUCUGGGACAGCCGGCUGGCAUGAUGGCUUCAGCCGAGCAAUCCCCUGUGCCUCUCCAACACCGCAACGUCUGCAGCCGCGUCAUCCUCCUGGCCAGAAAGAUCCGCUCCGACGUGGCCAGCCUCCUGGAGUCCUAUGUGGAGAGGCAGGGGCUGGACAGAACCAUCAGCCUGGACUCGGUGGACGGCGUGCCAGCUGCAGCCAUGGAGCAAGGGGGCGAGCUGACAGUGGCUGAGCGGUUGGGUGCCAACCUGCAGGCGUACCGGGCAUUCCAGGUGCUGCUGGGCGAGGUCCUGGAAGAGCAGAGGUCUCACCUGACCCCGCUGGACACAGACUUCCACGCCUCCAUCCAGUCCGUCCUGCUGCAGGUGGCGGCCCUGGCCUACCAGCUGGAGGAGCUGCUGGCGCUGCUGGGUCACGGCAGGCCAGUCUGGGAGGCAGCCGGCCCCGAGGACCCGGCCCGUCGCAGCUUGUUCGAGAUGAAGCUGCGGGGGCUGAAGGUGCUGCAGGAGCUGGCUCACUGGACUGUGCGGUCCGUGCGAGACCUGCGCCAGGUUGCCAAGCACAGCCAGGGCUCUGGCACUGCCCACGGGGGCCAGGCCCAGAAGGAAUGAGGCCGCCUGCCUCCCUGCCGCUGGGGUAGAUGGGGCCUCCCCAUCCCCCCUCCCUUCAGCAAGGCAAGAGCUGGUGGGGGGGAGGGGUCUCCAACCCAAGGGCCAGGUCUAGGCUCUGGCACAGGCAGGCAUCCUGCUCAGCCUCCCCCAGACAACCUGGCCAGCUGGGCCAGAGGAGGGACCUUUUAUUCCCAAACCACCCAGCUGGCUUGGGGCGGGGGAGGGGAGCAGGCAUCAAGCAGCCACUGGCCAGCGCCAUAAGGGCUAAUGGGCUGCUGUGGCAAGAGGUGGGAUGGCCAGAUGGGGGAGGGGGGCUCAAAUCCCCGAUGUGCCAGCUCUGGCCAUUCCCCCCUCCUCUUGGGAUAGGAAGGUGGGCUGGCUCUGGGGUGGCUCAGCAGAGGGCAGGGGAGUUGAGGGAAGGUGGGGGGAAGGGUACGUGCGUGGCAAGAGGGGGACAGGAGGCGGCUCCCAACUCCCACUUCUCAGCUUAGAAGCUGAUGGCCCCACUUGCUUGCUGUGGGGAGGGAGCUGUGACGCGGCUGGAGCCCAGAGCAGCUCCUGAGGGGUGGGGGCAGGGGCUGCCCUGCUGGGAAGAGGAGGCAGGGCCGCUGCAGGGAUCCCCCACAUGUCCCAGCUGCAGGAGAGGGGGAAAUGUCUUCCAGGGCAGGGAGAUGGAGAUGGGGGGCGGUGGCUCGUCUGAGACAGAGGGAGAAGGAUAGAGGGCUGGGGAGGAACCCGGAGCUGCUGCGGGGAGUCGUCCUACCCACCUCCCACCUGGUUUGAGGCCAGCUGAGGCCAUCACCGAGUUCCCACCUAGCAUGACGUGUCCCCUGCCAAGCCCUGAGAUUACAGGAGCUCUGUUUGAUGGUCUUGCUGAGCUCUUAAGGGAAGAAGGCCAGACAAGCGCCUUCAUCUCACCGCCCCCCGACCCAGCCAUGGAGGUUGGGGUCUCCUCUCCCGCCCCUCUCAGCCUUGGCUGCAUUUAACCAGUGUGUUGGCGCUUGGCGAGCUACCCAGGAAGCAACGGCUCCUGCUUAAGAAGGGAGACGGGGGCCCAAGACCGGUGGCACUCCUGAGCUGGGGGCAAUGUGCCGCUGCACCAGAUAGUCCAUGAAACCCACUAAGGCCAGUUGGUUUGACGUGAUGCCCAGAUGCUAUGGUGAUGGGCAGCAGGAUAAAACCUAUGAAAGUCAAGUAAGCAGCAGACCCUUUCUGCCUGAUGCAGGGCAGGUGGCUGAAGACGCUGCAGAGGCUGGCUUGCUGAACCAUGAGAACUGUCUAGCUAGGACCUUAAGCCCUUUCCAGACCCUGAUCCCCAUUUUCCAGGUGGGGAAACUGAAGCAUGGCAUUGAGCAAGAUCACACAAGAAGCUUGCAUCAGCCACAGGAGGGGAGCUGAGAUCUGCCCACCUGUCCUGCCCCUUACCCAUGUGACCCACAAGACUGGACUGAUUGAUCUGGCUGCUUUGGGGUCAGACACUCCCACCUGGGAGCUCUGAACAGGGAGGAGCAACUGCCAGCAUAGCCCUGCUGUGUCUGUUUGGGCAGCCCUCAGGGUCCCAAAGUAGGUGUAGCCCUCAGUAAUUCCAUUGAGGCUCCCAGGAAAACUGUUCUCAGCCUAUAACCCCCCCCCCCCCCCCCACACACACACACACCCUCCUGCAUCUGCUUUGGAGACGGGACAAGAGCAGCCUCCCAAUGUACAGAGAAGGCUCGACAAGCGAGUUCUGUUUUGUUUGCCCCGCUUUUCCUGACUGCCUCCUGGAACGGAUGGAGAACAGGGGUAGGCUCUGGCAUGAGAGAUCCAGAUUAAGCACGAAAAGAAGUGACUUUUAUCCAGACUGUGGGGUUGGGUUUUUUUUAAGCAUGCGUUUAACUCAAGCGCUUUUGCAAACAGGUGAGAGAGAAGAGCUCUGUUAAAAAUAAAUUCAGCUGAGAGCUGGAAAUCCAAACCUGCGCCUUCCUUCCAGCUAUCCUGCCCAACCAGGCGCACAACUUUGAUCCUGAUAUUUGGAAGGUAAAACACAAGCAGAAAAAUAAACUUUGAGUUGUUUCUUUAUAUGGAAAAACAGCCCUUUCAGGCCUUUAAAUCUACGUAUCUAACAAAGGGUUUUCUCUAGUUUUCAUCCCUUCCAAUGUGCUACCUACACGUUUUUCUAUAAAGAGGUAAAACAGACCAUACCGCCCUGCCACUCUCACUCUCACUCGCCCACUCUCCUCUUCCUCCUCCUCCUCCUCUCACCUUUAACCACUAUC